UAAACCUUCAUGGCUAAGGGUGAAUCCACAUUAUCGACGCGUUAUCGGCUGCGGAAAAAACCAGAGACUGGGGGUAGCCUCAAAUCGGAUCUGCAAUCGCCAAAGAUUGACCAGAAACAGCAUUUCAAAUCCACACCAGAGCGAAUAACACAAGCAGUAGUUAAGAAGAAAAACAAUAUAAAAAACAAUAUAAAGACUGCCAAUGCGAAUGAUCGACCAAUUGCAUCUCUGCCGCAACAGAAUGAGAAACCAGCCGUUGCCGCAAUGGAUAAAUAUGUUAUUCGAAGGAGAGAGGAAGUUACUACCAUAAGCCCAAAGGAUGCUGAAGAAAAGCAUGCAGUCUUGCCGCCUACUACGGUGAUAAAUGCUUCAGCUGAUAUACUUUCAACGGCGUCACCCAGUGGGGGCGACAGUGGACAAUUGAUAUCUGACGAAAGUUCAAACCGAAAACACGCUUUAGCCAGUGAUGAGGAACGCGACGAUGUUAACAACGACCUCAAUCACCAUUCAAAGUUCAGAAAGGUAUCGCCUGAAACUACAGUAAUUCAAGAUGAUGAGGACGUGCAAGAAAAUACCCAAGAUCCACUUACCCCGAAAUCACAAACAAGUGAUCAAGAGCCAAGCUAUGCGCCGUCCAACCGCAUGUCUUCGCCAACUAUUCCUCAACAAAAGCUACCCAUAUCUCCGGCUCGCACACCGACAAAGACCACUAGAAGCACGAACCUUAUACAAACCUCGCCUGCAUCACCAGUUCGCUUUCGAAAACCUCAAACAGAAAACGAAAGCGACCCUGGUCUUACUAAUCUCAUGUAUCGAUUGCGACAGGAUCGCAGCGGCUUAAAACUUCCUGAUAAAUACGAAGCACUGGAGAGAAUACAGUAUGCGCUGGAUCAUACCAUCUUGUUCGCAACAGCUCAAAACAGCAUUUGCCAUUUUCACAAGAUUAGAAAGCCAGUGGAGAACAUGAGUCGAAGGUUGGUAUCUUUUGCGUUUUGUAGUUUUCGUGCAUCUACCUUCGUUAACCAUUCAUUUUUCCACCGCUUUGCAGAACGUUUGACCUGAAUCAUCUCGCACAGAUCAAGCAUUUAGAGCCGAAUGCCUAUAAUAUGCGACCCGUUCGAGUUUUACAUGAAGGUCAAAGGAUUGAAUCCCUCCUAAUUGGAUUUCCAGA